AAUUAACGACAAAACAUGGCGACGACCCACGUACUAGUUGUCCUCAUCACACUACUAGCGGCGGCGGAAAAACCCCACGCGCAACCGACCCUGCCUCAUACCAUCCACCCUCUCCGCCACCGCACUGGGGCCGCCGGCCGCCGCAUCCCGUUCGUCAACUGCCUCAGCUGGCGGCUUGGCGUGGAGACCAACAACAUACGCGACUGGCCCAGCGUUCCCCGGUUAUGUGAAGGGUACGUGGGCCACUACAUGCUCGGGAGGCAGUACCACGCCGACUGCACAGCCGUGGCGGCCGCCGCCAUACGCUACGUCGCCGGAGUCCACCUUGUUAAGGACGGCAAGGAUAUUUGGGUCUUUGAUAUCGACGAGACCGCUCUCUCUAAUCUCCCUUAUUAUGCCCGCGCAGACGUUGGGUUCGGGGUAAAAGCAUACAAUGAGACCGAGUUUGAAGCAUGGAUUAAAGAAGCAAGAGCUCCGGCAAUGCCGGAGACACUACGACUAUAUCAUAGGGUGGUGUCAAUGGGGAUUAAGGUUGUGUUCAUUUCAACAACCAAAGAAGAAUUCAGAGCAGAUAGGACUUUGAAUCUUCAUAUAGCUGGCUUCAGAACCUGGGAGAUGCUCAUCUUGAGGGGAGCAAACGAGACUGGAGCAGCGUUGGAGUAUAAGAGUAGAAAGAGGUCGGAGUUGGUGAAUCAAGGGUACAGAAUAGUGGGAAACAUUGGAGACCAAUGGAGUGAUUUGCUGGGAGAUAAUGCUGGAUUUCGUACUUUCAAGAUGCCCGAUCCCAUGUACUACAUUGCUUGAUAUUAUCUUCUCACAUCAUCCAAUUCAACCCUUUAUUCACAAUUUUAUUAUUAUUAUUAUUAUUAUUACAUUGUAGAAUCGGUGGAUCUUUAUUUUUUGUGUUAUUUUUUUCGAGAAAUGAAUAAUUGAUGAUUAAAAUUGUGAGCUUCCGAUUUCUUAAUUCAUUACUAUAAUUCACGAGGAGUCGAGGAUAUUUCCAUUCAUGCCAUUGUUACGAGA